AUGCUGCCACGUAUAAGCUAUUUUCCAUUUUAUUUGGAAGAAAUUCUUCAUACUCUGACAGGAAAUGCGUUGACAGAAAUUGAUCUUUCCAAUGUUUGGUUACUUAAUAAUGGUGAAGAAAUGAUUAGAUGGCAUUAUCCUAUUGGAGUACUUUAUGAUAUGUAUAGAGGAAACGACCAAAAUCUUCCGUGGGUUGUUACUGUUCGAUUAAAGGAUUUUCCAGACGAACUUGUUCGAUGUUUAUCUAAAGAUUCUCUAAAAUUUAUGUUUAUACAAUCUCUUAAAGAGGCCAGUCAAAUUAAACACAAACGAAAUAUCGUGUCUACAAUGACAAAAGAAGAACACGUCCGUCUUUUUGACAGCAUUAAAAAUGAUAAAUUUGAUGAAUUUUGGUCAAUAAAUAAAAAAUUAAUGGGAAGUAAAUCGGAUCCUGUAGAUGUUCAAAUGGCUAAUGUUCCUUUCAGAUUUUAUUUUGUAAGCUUUUUAAGUAUUAUUCAGUGUCCGAAAAAAUAUUUUUUCGGAUCCAGAAAUUGGAUUUUGUAA